GGAAGGCGCUGCGAUUAGGGAAGUUAAAUCGUGAGCUUUUAAUUCCCUAUUUUAUUCGUUAGCUUUACACCGACUCUACCUGACUCUGAGAUGUACGACAGCUGUAAUUACGUCCUGAGGACUAGAAACGCGUUAAAUUAAAAGUCGGGUGUCUCUAACGAGAGUUUGGAGAUUAAUUUCCGUAGCUCUGUGGUUCUAACGGAGUCUGUGUCGCGUAAGAGUGACGUACGAAGGUAGGCAGCAUGGCUGCCUGCGGAAAGAGGCCUGAGCAUCGCGGGCCUCCUGAGCUGUUCUAUGAUGAAGCUGAAGCUCGAAAAUACACGCAUAACUCUCGAAUGAUUGAGAUUCAGUCUCAGAUGUCUGAACGGGCAGUGGAAUUGUUGGGUCUCCCAGACAAUCGUCCGUGUUUUUUGCUGGAUGUUGGCUGUGGCUCUGGUUUAAGUGGUGAUUAUAUCUCUGAAGAAGGGCACUGUUGGGUUGGUAUGGACAUCAGUCCAGCAAUGCUUGAUGUAGCCAUGGAGAGAGAAGUAGAGGGAGACCUGAUGCUAGCAGAUAUGGGCCAGGGGAUUCCCUUCCGACCUGGAACAUUUGAUGGUUGUAUCAGUAUUUCUGCCAUUCAGUGGCUCUGUAAUGCUGAUAAGAAAACUCAUAGCCCUCCAAAGCGACUGUAUCGGUUCUUCUCAACUCUAUAUACUGCUCUGGCCCGAGGAGCCCGUGCUGUUCUACAGUUAUACCCGGAAAACUCUCAGCAGCUGGAGCUCAUCACCACCCAAGCCAUGAAGGCAGGUUUCACAGGUGGCAUGGUGGUAGACUACCCCAAUAGUACCAAAGCCAAAAAAUUUUUUCUCUGUCUCUUUUCUGGCAUAACUGAUGUAUUACCAAAGGGUCUUGGUACAGAGUGCAGUGAAGAAGAGACCACACAGGCCAAGUUCACCAAUGAAAGGAUCCAGUUUAGAAAUGCCAAAGGGAAGUCAGUGAAGAAGAGUAGAGACUGGGUGUUGGAGAAGAAAGAACGGAGGCGACGGCAGGGCAAGAACGUGAGAGCAGACACAAAAUACACAGGUCGAAAGCGGAAACCUCAGUUCUGACUUCCUGCUAAUUGGACUGAAGUUUUUUUGGAGCUGGCCUGCUUUGUUGCGUAGUGGAAAAGGAGGAAGCAAAUUGAGCAGAAGCUGCUGAAGACUUCCAGGCUGGCCAGAAUCCCUUCUUUGCUCCUACCCCUUUAAAAAGAACAUCUCACAGAGCAUAUGGGACCCAGGCAGUUCACUGUUUCUUUGCUGCCCGAUUGUUUGGUUCCUGAUGGUUUCAGAUUAGGUUGUGUCAGUUUUACUACUCGAACUCUCAAUUAAAUGAGGUCUUGGAAACAGAUUCUGCUUGCUGGUUUAAGCUGCUGCAAGGAGAAAAAUCUGGGCUUAGGACAUCAUUAAGCAAAGUAUUAUCAAAAUUAGCAAAAAUCUGGGCUUAGGUGAUCAUCAAGCAUCUGCCUUAAAAAAGGUACCGGUACAGAUCUCAUCUUAGUCUGAGCUCUGUGCUGAGCAGAAGCAAAUCAGUGAAGAAACAAAGCUCUAUUUAAGAUUUUUUAACUAUGACAUUUGUAUUAUCAGAAACCAGAAAAUACUUUGGUAAGUUAGUUGCUUGGCAUGUGGUUCUCCUUUCAUUUCCAGCAGUAGGAAAACCUGAAUACUUAUGUGCUGUAAUAAAUGAUCCAGUAGGUAUACACUUUUAAAAUUAAAUUCUGUAUAACCA